AUGGGUGAUAGGAAUGGACAAGUGGUAGCUGGUGGCAAUAGGGAAGGAAAUCGAUUGGAUCAAUUGAAUGGACCAUCGGAUGUGUUGAUUGAUAAAGAGAGGGAUAGUCUCAUUAUUUGUGAUCGAUUGAAUCAACGAGUUUUACAGUGGCCUCGUCAUAGUAGUAUAAUUCAAGGAGAAAUCCUCAUCGACAACAUCGAUUGCUACGGAUUGGCAAUGGAUGAUCAUAGAUAUCUCUACAUCUCUGACAACAAAAAACAUGAGGUAAUACGAUAUCAAAUUGGAGACAAGAAUGGAACUGUCGUGGCUGGUGGCAAUGGCAAAGGUACUGGUCUCAAUCAACUCAAUGGUCCGGCCUUUAUCUUUGUCGAUCAACAACAGACUGUCUACGUAUCAGACAAGGACAAUCAUCGUGUGAUAAAAUGGAAUAAAGAUGCAAAAGAAGGAACUGUCGUCGCUGGAGGUCAACGCUAUGGGACUGGCCUGGAAAGCUUGUUGUAUCCUCAGGGACUGUUCGUCGAUACGUUGGAUACCGUCUAUGUGGCAGACUCCUUGAAUUAUCGAGUGAUGCGUUGGCCUAAAGGAGAGAAAAAGGGCAAUGUCAUUGCUGGUGGAAAUGGUCUAGGAGCAGGAGCAAAUCAGUUGAAGUUGAUUACGGAUUUGUCAUUUGAUUGUCAGGGCAAUCUCUAUGUCGUCGAUUAUGGAAAUCAUCGUGUUCAACGUUUUUCAAUACAAUAA